AUGUGUGCCAUAUGCGGUCAUAUUACCCACCCUGACCGAAUCCGGCUGAACAUUUUCUUAUGGUCAGAGGCAGUUUCAAGCUUGGACCCCACUUCGUAUGCAAAGCCGGAUCAGGACAGUCAUCGUGUUAGUCGAAUCGAGUCUCGCCGGUUAAAGAAACAGGCGUUUCUACAGGCCAUUCGCUUCUACCUACACCGUUACGAAAAAACACGGCGUGGUUUUAAUCAAUUCGUCCGAAAUGCGCUCGACAAGAUGGCCGAGUAUGAGGUCCAGACCGAUUUGGAAUGUUACAAGGCUAUACUGAGCGUGUUUCCAACUGGUCGCAUGGUUGUCACAAGUUUCCUUCAGGCUGAGUUAGGCCAUUUUACAAGGCAACAGAAUACAGUAGUCGAUUUGUUGCAUCAGAUGACUAUUAACCAUGUGCUUCCAGAUGAUGAGGUAGGUCAAAUGAUCAUUGACAUUUUCGGAUGGAGAAACCAUGCCAUGCAACACUACCGUCAAUUGAUGUAUUGGAUGCCAAAACUGAAGCAUGCAAACCCUUGGCCGGUGGAGGCACAUCAGAUAUUGGAUGAUUUGGAAGAAGACCCCCUGCGAUUGUGUCGGCUAAUUGUGGAACGCAUUUGCCCAGAUCCUAUGACCGAGCUUCGUACGAUCAAGGUAAGUGUUUCCAUUGGGUCCAUGUGCAUGGACCAACAGUUCUGA